AUGUCAUCAAGUGAUCUAACUCACAGAUAUCAAAUUAAUUCAAAUGUUGCUGAAAUGUCAGAAGAUUCAAGUUCAGGCUAUAGCCAAAUAACACCAACUCUUUCAAGUAGUAAUGCUCGUCUUUCUUAUCCUUCAUACUUAACUGGUAUUGAUGAAGAUACGAAAGGUGAAUUAGUACAUUCAGUUUUUGAUCUUCAACAUGAACAGAAACAAUAUAACCAGUCUGGUAGUAUAUGUGCUGUACCCUUGAAUGUAUGCUGUGUUUGCUCUAGUGAAGAUGGUUUACAGUCAUUACAUUCAGAUAUACAUGUGCUUUGUGCCUCUCCAGGUUGUAAAUACAGUGGACCAAUCCACAGAAAGUGUUUAGAACAUUGGGAUUCAUGUUGUGAUUUUUACUGUCAAUUAUUGAACAAUGCCACUAGUUCAAUUCAAUCAUCACAGUCUGGAUCAUUAUCUUCACCUACAGGGACAACACUAUCGUCAUCAUCAGUUGCUUCUAAUUUCAACAUAGGGUGUUAUGAUUCAGCAGUUGGUAAAUCGUUUAUGGAAGGUUUGUUUCGGCUUUAUGAAUGUCCACUAUGCGGUCAGUAUACUCUGUAUAGAUCGUCAAUUGACUCAACAACUGCUCAAGCAGAAAGUUCAUUGUCUGAUCACUUUACAAGUGUUCUAUGCGCUAUUCAAUAUGCAACAGAGAAAUUGAAUCAACAUGAAAGUUUAAUUCAUCCUGCACUUCAUUCAGAUGUUCUACAAUUCAAUUCUCAAUUCUCUUUAAAUUCGCCUGUAGACUAUAAUAGUGGAUCAGUGGAAGUAUCACCGAAUUUCACCACAGGAGACUUGAAAUUUCAACAAAUGUCUACAAUUGGUCAACAUGCAACUGGGAGAUCGCAUUCAUAUGUUCAAUCCCCGCCGAUUACUAAUCAGUUUGUCAAUAUUUUAAGACGGUUUUCCUUAAAUCGUGAGAAAAACGAAACAAAUUGCUUAUCUACUGGCAGUAAUACCAGUAGUGGUAUGAGUAGUGGAUAUUAUAGUGGCCUGUCAACCAGUGACAAUUCUGUUGAUCCUAGUCGGCGUAACAGUAAUACUUCAUAUCAGUCAUUGAUGUUGGGAAGGACGGCAACGGGGCAACCAACAACAUUUAUAGCAGGGACAACAACAAAAGAAGAAGAAGAAGAGGAAGAAGUGGUGAUGAAAUUGCACGAGGACAAUUCUAUACCAUGGAUGAUGCCUACUAGUCAAUCAUUGCCUAGAGCAUUGACAAAAGGAUCAGGCACCAGUUCAUCGACAAAAUCAUCAGUGGAAACUUCUGGAAUGAAUGAUAUUCUUCAACAUCCUACUGAUGUAACAGCAUGUAUGCCAGCAGCGCCAAUUGGAGUGUCAUCAACAAGGAGGACUUAUUCAACAAUCGAUUUUGAAGAGAUUUUUGAUACAAGUUUAGAUGUAACUGUCAACAAUACUACUAGUAGCCACAAUAAUAGUAUUGGUAGUAGUAACAACAUAAGUACACAUACAAACAGUAAUAAUAUGAAUCGAUCAAUUUCAGCUAUUGGCAGCCGACGUCAUCAUUCUACAUCUUCAGCUUUAGGCAAUACAAACGCUAAUAAUACUAUUACGCUUAUUAACAACAAUACUAAUAAUAAUAGUACUAGUAGUGGUGGUAUUAAUAAUAACAAUUUUAAAUCAAAUUCUGCAUGGUCAACUGAAUCAGUCAAUCGUCCAAGAAUUACUCAUUGGCAUAAUAACAAUAACAAUAACGAGACUAAAAGUAGAAAAGCCGUCAAUACCAAAGGAAAUAUCUUUCUACAAAGAAGUGAUUUCAGUGUAUUCACAAAAUUACCAAACUACAAACAGAAUGCUUAUUUCAUUCAAAUGGAUGAUGAUAGUUGUACAGGGAAUGAAGAUACGCGUGCAUUUCUUUUAGCUCAGUUAACAAAUCAUCGUGUUUCUGAAGUCUAUUGUCUUGCCUGUCAACAGAUACUACCGAUCUAUGAUCAUUUUCCAGUUAUUGAUGGUAUAUUUUUCAUUAGUCCCUUGUGUCAUCGUUCGACUGAAGGUUAUCGAAAGGGUGGUGGUCUACGCGUGACUUGGCAUACAAACGGAAUACAAAAUCAAUCAGUCCAACAACAACAGCAGCAGCAGCAACACCAGCCGCAACAGCAACAACAAACCAACCGUACAUGCACUACAAACAACAAUAGUAACAGUAGUAGUAAUAUUGGUAAUAAUGGUAGUACUAAUUUAGUUUCAUCAACGAAUGACUAUCAGUGUAUCAAUAAGAUUGCAUUGAAACUUUUAGCUCCACUAAAGAUUAUGUCACCGCCACCUGGUUGUCUUGGUCCUAGACAACAGUUGAAUUCGGCUCAACAUAAUAACAUGAUGAGUACAUUAACAUCGGAUCAAAAUAGUCUAUUUUCAGCAUCAACAUCAUCAUCUCGAUAUUCUGUAGUUGGUACAUCGACUAGACAAGGACGUUAUCUACAUGCACUGUGUAUGAACUGUAUGCAUACAGAACAUCUAGUUGUGAAUACACAUGACAGUAAGCGUAAUGGCAGUGAUAAUAAUAGUAAUAAUAACGAUAAUAAUAAUAAUAAUAAUAAUAAUAAUAAUAAUAAUAAAUCCAGUGAAUUCAAGUGCAUCAGAUGUAAGGUGUGCAGUAAACUUUGGUCUGGAGCUUCAUUACUUGUCGGUGGUCUAUACACAUAUGAUAUAUUCGCAGCUGUACCAUGUUGUCCAGCCCAUUUAACAUGUGGUUCAUGCCAAUCACGUUUAGAUGAUUUUUCAAAUCAAUCAUCUUCAUCAAUUCCCCCAUCAUCGACAUCAACAACAAGUGGACAAAUAGUGUCAACAUCACAGGCAGCAAUUCAACAAUUAUCAUCAAAUGAUCUACCUCAUCAGUAUUAUCAUGAUCAAACAAAUCAUACAUUACAUUCAAUGACCAAUAGAAUAGAUGAAAUUCAUGAUAAAUCUUCAAGUGAUCUCACUAUUAAAUCGUAUCCGUUAAGUUAUUUUAGUCAGUAUAGUAAUAUGAUAAUCUGUCCUUAUUGUUCAAAGGUAGAUUAUCAUUUUGUCAAAUUGUUUGAAGAUACUUAUGAAGUUGUUAGUUGUUGUUAA